AUGCCUCUGCCGGGGAUCCAAUUUGUGUUCCCACUUAUAAGACCUCAGCGCUACGUGACUCACUACUACGCCAAACAAGCUCUGAACUACACCAUACAAAACGAGUGCGAUUUUAACUGGACUCAUACUCAAAACAUUCUUUUAUACCAACCUACUGUAAAUUACAUAAAGAAUAUUGUAAACUCACAACCAAUCGCUGAUGAUUUCUAUGAGAAGUAUUCGAAGUUUGUAGACAAAUUUGGAGCUCGUCCCUCUGGAAGUUCUACAUUAGAAAGAGCCAUUGAUCACAUGGUUGACCUGACGUUUCAAAGUGGUCUCAAUGAUGUGUGGACGGAGAGUGUCAAGGUCCCUCACUGGCAACGUGGAUAUGAGUCCUUAACAAUGAUACUGCCACGUACAAGAAAUAUGACGAUAUUAGGUCUUGGACCCAGUGUGCCAACACCUACCGCUGGGAUAGUAGCGGAGGUUGUCGUAGUCAACAGUUUCACUGAACUUGAGACGAUCGCUCAUACCGUACCAGGCAAAAUUGUAUUGUUCAAUGCUCAUUUUACUUCUUACCAAGAAACGGUGAAAUACCGACAAUAUUGUGCAAUAGCAGCAGCAAAGCAUGGAGCCAUCGCAGUAUUAGUAAGAAGUAUUACACCAUUCUCUUUAUAUACUCCGCAUACUGGCUCAUUAUAUUACGAGGAAGGUAUCAGAAAAAUACCUGCAGCUGCCGUUACUCUGGAAGAUGCAGAUUUUUUACAAAGGGUCUAUAACAGGCGUAAGAAAGUUGUAGUAAAGUUGAAAAUGUUUAACGAUUUAAGUUUGAAGGAAUCACGAAAUGUUAUAAUUGACGUAAAAGGGCAAGAAAAUCCAGACAACAUAGUCAUAGUUUCUGGGCAUAUUGAUAGCUGGGAUGUUGGCAAGGGAGCCAUAGAUGAUGGAGGUGGAAUGAUGAUAAGUUGGUUCGUACCGGUAAUCUUAAAUCAUCUUAGCUUGUGGCCCAAAAGAACCAUACGUUCCAUACUAUGGACUGCUGAAGAGCCUGGCUACAUAGGUGCCGCUUCAUAUUUGCAGCGACACUCAAAUGAAUUGGAUAAAAUUGAUUUUAUAAUGGAAUCCGAUGCAGGCACAUUUGAGCCACUAGGAUUAGAAGUAGUUGGAUCUCCAGACGUGAGAUGUUUGAUUGCAAAAGUUUUGAAACUAUUUGCACCGAUGGAUGCAAUUAAAAAUGUUAAUAUUACCGGGUCUGAUAUUGAACUCUUUUUGAACUUAGGGAUACCUGGCGCGUCGCUACUAAACCAAAAUGAUCAAUAUUUCUGGUUUCACCACACUCAAGCUGAUACAUUAACCGUUCAGAACAAGACUAAUGUUGUGAAAUGUGCUGCAUUUUGGGCCGCAGUUACUUAUGUAAUUGCAGAUUUACCAUUUGAUAUUCCACCGUAAAUACAAUUUAAAUUAAUAAACCUUCCUUCAUACACAGGUUCUCAUAUGAAA